AUGAAAGCCAGCAAGCGCUACGAGAGCACACCGGUGAACCCGUGCAAUGUAUCUAACGUCCCGCGUCCUAGUGCAUACACCCCAAUAGCUAUUGUAGGAAUGGCAAUGAGGCUUCCUGGGGGCAUUAGAUCGGAUAAAGAAUUUUGGGACUUAAUGGUGCAAAGAAAAGACGCUCGUUGUGAGGUCCCCGAAUCCCGCUACAAUAUAGGAAGCUUCUACAGUGACUCGAAGAUGCAUACGGUGAAGACAAAGUAUGGGUACUUCCUAGAAGAGGAUCCAGCCUACUUUGACGCGCCGUUUUUUUCAAUUAGUAGCUAUGAAGCUGCCCGUCUGGACCCUCAACAAAGACUUUUGCUGGAGGUUGUAUGGGAGUGCAUGGAAAAUGCUGGACAGCAGGACUGGAUGGGCAAAGAUAUUGGAUGCUAUGUGGGCGUCUUCGGUGAAGACUGGCUUGAUCUAUCAAGUAAAGAUACUAGCCAUGUUGAUCGAUACCAUGUCCUAGGCACAGGGAACUUUGCGCUGGCUAAUCGUGUUUCCUUUGAAUACGAUCUCAAGGGCCCUAGUAUGACUUUGCAAACGGGGUGCUCGUCAUCAUUGGUCGGCCUUCAUGAAGCUUGCCAGGCUCUGCAGAUGGGGGAUUGCGCUGGCGCAAUUGUAGCAGGGUCGAACAUUAUUCUAACCCCGACUAUGACAACCACGAUGUCGGAUAAUAUGGUUCUCUCCCCAGAUGGUAUAUGUAAGACAUUUGAUGCUAAUGCCGAUGGCUAUGGGCGUGGGGAGGCUAUCAAUGCUAUUUACAUUAAGCCGCUCGACACUGCCCUGAGAGACGGUGAUCCCGUUAGAGCUAUUAUCCGGUCGACAUCCACAAACUGUGAUGGAAAGACACCGAGUAUAACUAUGCCUGGUUCAGAAACGCAAAGACAGCUUAUCGAGAAAGCGUAUAAAAGGGCUGAAAUAGAGGAUAUCACUGAAACUGCAUUUUUCGAGCUUCAUGGAACGGGCACGGCCGUUGGGGACCGAGCAGAAACGUCAGUUGUCGCUGAGCUUUUCCGAGGGAAAGGAACAUAUAUUGGCGCGGUCAAACCGAAUAUCGGCCACUCUGAAGGGGCAUCCGGCAUCACGAGUGUGAUCAAAGCAGUAUUGGCCCUAGAACACCAGGUGAUACCACCCAAUAUACAUUUCAAUCAGCGAAACCCUAAAAUCCCUUUCGAAGAGGCAAAGCUUCAAGUCCCCAUUACCCAGGUACCGUGGCCAAGGGACAGGAAGUUGCGAGCCAGUGUGAAUUGCUUUGGUAUCGGUGGUGCUAACGCACAUGUUAUCCUUGAUUCGCCUUCAUUGUUUCGCAAAUUUAGUGCGGAGGAGACAUCCCCUAAGUGGCCUCAAAGUUCUUACCCUCUUCUUCUGUCCGCAGGUAGCGAAAAAGCACUACAAAGUCGUAUUCGCGAUAUUAAGCUGUAUAUCGACCGUGAACGCCCUGACCUCCAUCAGCUUGCCCAUACUCUAUCUGCAAGGCGGGAGCAUUUGCAGUACCGUACCUAUCUGGUAGGCCAAGACGAUGUGCCUCUUACCGUUCCGGAUCCUCCAAUCCGUCGCGCUAUAUUGCCAAGCUUAACAUUCGUCUUUACCGGACAAGGGGCUCAAUGGGUUGGGAUGGGAAAUGAAUUACUGCAGAGCUUUCCCUGUUUUGCUAAUACCAUUGAUGAUAUGGAAAAGGUGCUACAAAAUUUGGAAAUUCCCCCAAAAUGGAGAAUACGAGAAGAGCUUUUGCUGACUGGCGAGAAAGCUCGCAUGGAUGACCCAGAGCUAUCGCAGCCGUUGUGCACUGCAGUGCAAAUAGGCAUCGUAAACCUCCUUAGCACAUGGGGCAUCCACCCUGUGUCGGUGAUUGGACACUCUAGCGGCGAAAUUGCGGCUGCAUACGCAGCGAAGGCCAUUCCGUUAUCAAGUGCUAUUAUCUUGGCUUAUUACCGGGGGAAGAUCGCCAAACAAAGCCCAGAAGGAGCAAUGGCGGCUUUGGGCAUGAGCUCUGCAGACUUCGAGCCAUAUAUGACCGACGGUAUCAUGGUCGCCUGCGAAAAUAGUCCUCAAAGUAUCACCAUUUCAGGGGAUGUGGACAAGAUCAACAAGGUAAUACUUGCUGUAUCGGAAAGUCAGCCUUCAAUAUUUCAGCGGAGACUUGCGGUGAAUAUUGCAUAUCAUUCGUAUCAUAUGCAUGCCCUGGGAGAUGACUAUGAGGCAGCUAUUAGGAGCUCACUUCAACUGAAUGAAGAAAUGGUCCCUCUCUAUUCAACCAUGUCUGGAGAUAUCAUCACUACCCCGAGGAGACUCGGUGCACACUACUGGCGGCAGAACCUGGUAUCACCUGUUUUGUUUUCGACAGCCAUGAAUAGAAUCGUCCAGACUGACUCCAAUGAUCGCAUUUUCCUCGAGAUAGGGCCUCAUUCAGCGUUAUCAGGUCCAGUGCGACAAACUCUGGAGGCAGCAAACGUGCCACAACUCACCCCAUAUAUCCCAGCACAGGUAAGGGGACGGGAUCAGGUGAGCUGCAUAUGGUCGGCGAUUGGCGAGCUUUACACAUAUGGGAUACCCAUAGACUUCCAUCGGCUCACUAGCGAGACACCUGUCCUGACUGACCUUCCGGCCUACCCAUGGGAUCACGAUGUAAAGUUAUGGAACGAAGCAGCUGCCACACAUCGCUGGAGGUUUCGUCAAUUUCCAGAGCAUGAGCUCCUGGGCUCGUUGGUUCCCAGCGCUAGUAAUCUGGAGCCAGUAUGGAGGAACAUUCUCCGAUACGAAGAUGUAUCCUGGCUCAAUGACCAUCGCGUGGCUGGGCAUAUUGUUUUUCCCGCAGCGGGGUAUAUCGCAAUGAUAGGAGAGGCAAUACGCCAGAUUACCGACAGUGAGAGUUUCUCGAUAAAGAACAUGUGCUUCAAAACGCCUCUUAUCCUCCAUGAUAUGCUCCCAGUUGAGGUAGUCACUACAUUGAAACGUAUCAGACUCACGGAUACUCUCGAAUCAGAUUGGUAUGACUUCGCAAUCAUGGCUGAUAACGGCAAGGACUGCACUAAGCAUUGCCAUGGUCAAGCUCGCCUCGGUUCAGACUCAUAUGAUGACUUGGCUCGAACUAUCAGAAAGCCAUUUCCUCGCCAUGUACCAUCCCAGCCAUGGUAUCGGGCCAUGAAGAAAUUAGGUCUGGACUACGGACCUCACUUUCAGCAGCUCAAAAACAUUACUGCUGAUCCCAAGUCCUACCGUGCAACUGCAACUGUAGCAGAUACUGGAACGUGGCUUGAAUCUAACUACUCACUACGUCCAACAAUCAUUGAUCAGGCCAUACAGCUUGCAGGGGUCGCAGCCUGCCAGGGGCUCUCCCGCCGCAUGAAUAGGCUUUACAUCCCAGCGUUUGUUGAGCGGCUAUAUAUGUCAAAGCAAGAGUUGAAAGAAGGUACGGACUUUUGGCUGGAGUCGACGCCGCGUUCUAUUUCAGAAGCCAUGCUACAUGGGAAUGCACUCGUUGCAGCCGGUGAUGAUAUCGCAUUGUCAAUACAAGGAGCAAUGCUUCUCCCCCUGGAAAGUGAACAUGUCCGUAGUCUUUUCAGCGACCCCCUAUCCAGCCGCAUCGAGUGGAAACCGGACUAUAGUUUGCUGCCACCAGGGAGGCUAUUGGUACCUCCUUGCAAAAGACCAAAUAGAGCCCUACUUGCCGAGGUAGUCGACCUGUGCUUCCUGGAGGCAGCUUAUAUAGCUAGCAAUACAGGAUCCUGGCCCAUAUACCUCCAGGGCUACUGGGACAAGAUCCAUGCCACCAGUCUCAAAACGGAUGUUGUCUGCCGCCCAGCUGCACCAGGCCCAGAUCAUUGUGUGUUGAGUCAGACUACGUAUCGACGAAGUCGUUUGAGGGAUUUGACCUCAUCACUAAGUGAACAGCAGGAAUAUGUCCCACGGCUUGCUAAUGCGAUGAUCAUCACAUUGGACAAUCUCCCUUCAGUUCUUGCUGGAGCUGUCGCGCCUGAUCAGGUUGUAGAUCAGAAAGUCCGCGACGACAUUCUUUUCGACCCAUUGUCAACACACCAUACAUGGCACCGUCUGUUAUCCUUGUUGGGGCAUUCUAAUGCCAAGCUAAGGGUACUUGAGCUUACAGGAGGCGCCAGCGCUAGUACAGAAGUUGCCAUUGAAUGUUUGAGGACUCCGACAGGGGCACCUGCGUAUUCAAACUAUACAUGGGCAGGCCCUACAGAGGUAUCAAUUGCUUCAGCCAAGGAACGAUUGAUAAAUCACAAAGAUAUCACAUUCAAAGUACUGAAUCCUAGCCAAGACCCUCUUUCACAAGGAUUUAAGUUGCAAGAGUUCGAUUUGGUUAUUGCCUCUCAUGCUCUGCGGUCCGUCAGAAAUGUGGAGAAAUGUCUCCGAAAUAUCCACAAGCUUCUUGCACCUGGAGGGUGUCUCCUUGUCCAAGAGAUUUUUCAAGAUAUCCCUUGCAUAGACUUUAUUAUGGAAGAGCGCGAUGUGCGCCACAGGUGGGAUUUGCAACUUCGAAACGCUGGAUUUGAUGGCGUUGAUAGCGUUGCUUUUGAUGAUCAGGAGCCAUUCAGACUUAAUAUUAACCUCUUGUCAAAAAAGAAAGCACACAGCUCGUCUGACAAGGGUAUCCGCCUUGUGCACGGGGCCGACAGAGAAUGGGCGCAAAGACUCAAAAUGUGUCUCGAGAACAACGGACAUACCGUCAGCGAAGGCACGCUCGAGGAUGGACCGACUCAACGAGAAGACACUAUAUUUCUUCUAGAUCUGGAGAGCCCGUUCUUGAGUGACAUAUCAGAACCGCAGUAUGCCGCGUUGAAGUCCUAUCUGACUGGUACUAGAAACUCUCGUAUUUUGUGGGUCACACAAUGCGUGCAAACAGCCUGCGCUGAUCCACGUUAUGCACUGAUUCUGGGGCUAGCCCGGAGUAUCAGGAAUGAGAUGAUGAUGGAUAUAGCGACGCUUGAGCUGGAUACACUCGAUGAUACAGGACUGCAUGCCAUUGCACCUGUAUAUCAGAAGUUCCAACAGCAGGUUGAUGCCGACCAUGCGCAGGUUGACUAUGAGUAUUCUUUAGUUGAUGGAACAAUCUACACUGCUAGAUUCCACUGGUUUCCCUUGUCCGAGCAUUUCCAUUCUCCUCUUAAUGAUGAAGGGCCGAGGAAACUAUCAGUGCGGACAGCUGGAUCACUGGACACAUUGGAGUGGGUUCCUGCCGGGCCGUUACACCUGAACGAGCAUGAGGUGGAGGUGGAGGUUCGUUAUUGCGGUCUGAAUUUCAAGGAUGUAAUGAUUUCGAUGGGUGUUUUAGGUAAACCAGAGGAUAUGGGAUUGGAAGGUAGCGGAGUUGUGCGGCAGGUUGGCACAUCUGUGAAAUCUCUUCAAGUGGGUGACAGGGUCGUGCUUGCUGGAAAGGGUAUCUUUCAAACUCGUAUAGUCGUACCAGAGAGAUGCUGCUUGAAAGUUCCCCAGACCCUCUCACUAGAGCAGGCCGCAACUAUGCCCGUCGUCUAUGCAACAGCCAUACAUUCUCUUGUCGAGCUGGGAGGUCUACGAAAAGGCCAAUCGGUUCUGAUACACAGUGCUUGCGGUGGUGUUGGGCUGGCUGCCAUUCAGGUCUGUCAGGCGAUAGGCGCAGAGAUCUAUACUACUGUUGGAAACCAACAAAAGCGAGACUUUCUGAAAGAUACGUUCAAUAUCAGCGAAAACCGCAUAUUUGACUCUCGGAGCACAUCAUUCCUCCCAUCGCUCAUGCGUGAGACAAACGGAAAAGGGGUAAAUAUCGUUCUUAAUUCACUUUCCGGUAAGCUUUUGCACGCAUCCUGGCAAUGCGUGGCAGAAUUUGGACGAAUGAUAGAGCUUGGCAAGCGAGAUUUUCUGGGCCACGGAAUGCUCGCCAUGGAUGCGUUCGAAUCUAAUAGAGCGUUCUUUGGCGUCGACAUGGCUCGUCUCGGUGAGGAAUGGCCGGAUGACUUUCAGAGGUUGCUGGAGCAAUCUAUGCAGUGGUUCUUGGACGGGAAAAUUCAACCAAUCCACCCUACAAGGCUAUUCGAUGCCAGCGAAAUUAUUGACGCAUUUAGGUACAUGCAGAAGGGAGUUCAUCUAGGAAAAAUAGUGAUAAAUAUCCCUGAAGCGCCAUCAGAACUCCCAGUUUGGGGAUCCAAACAAGACUUUGCGUUACCUUCGACGGGUUCAUGCCUCCUGGUGGGUGGCCUCGGAGGCCUUGGCAAAGCUGCGUCUACAUGGAUGGCAGAGAAGGGAGCCCGUCAUAUUGUCUACCUUUCCCGAUCAGCUGGGUCAAUCGGCCACAUUGACUUUAUUAGGGAGAUGGAAGCCCAAGGGUGCAAGAUUAGUCUUAUUCAAGGGGAUGUGUGCAACCCGGACGACGUGCGACGUGCAGUUUCUUCCUGUGAUGCCCCUUUACUGGGUGUUAUCCAGAUGUCGGCAGUUUUAGACGACCGGUCUUUCACAGAAAUGUCCUAUGAUGACUGGUACAGACCUAUUAACCCCAAGGUUGUCGGCACGUGGAACCUCCAUAAUGCAACGUUAGACCUUGAUAUAGAGUUUUUCGUUGUAUUUAGCAGCAUCUCCGGCCUUUGCGGCAAUGCUGGUCAGGCUAAUUAUGCUUCUGCGAACACAUAUCUUGAUUCCCUUGUCCAACAUCGGCGUGGUUGUGGGCUCCCAGCCUCGGUUUUGGACCUUGGUGUGGUAGAGGAGAUCGGAUGCGCUACCCAAAACCAAAAGAUCCUAGAUUGGGCCCGUGCAUCAUCUCUCCGCCUGCUGCAGGAGAGAGAGGUGCUAGACUCGCUGCAAGUAGCCAUCAGCCGCUCGCACGACCCACUGAACCUUCCUACGGGGCCGCCGAUAUGCAGCGUACUAGCGAUCGGGAUGGAGUAUCUUAAGCCAGUGGGGGGUUCCGGUAUUGAGCCAAUCUGGGGGCGGGAUGCUCGGUUCAGUGCCUAUACUAAUCACCAAUCUUCGGUUAAUCAUGAGGAGACCGGUACCGGAGAAGCCUUACGUGACCUGAUGGCAUCUAUUCAGCAGUGUCCCGAUACUCUUGACAAGGUUGAGACUAGGAAUACGAUACUCAGUGAGCUAGCCAAGCUUUUCAUGACCUACCAAGCUUGCUCACCCGAUACAUCCGACGAUGCGAUCUCUCAUGUGUCGAUAGAUUCACUUAUGUGCAUGGAGAUCAGUAACUACUGUCGAAGGAAACUAGUUAUCAGUAUUUCGACUGUGGCCAUCGCGAAAGCUGGGACCCUUGGAGGGCUUACUGAUUUGAUUCUUGAACAUAUGCGGUCCAAGUAUCUAGAUUGCCACUGA